CUUGACUACCAUCACUGCACGCAUUGUUAAAGUGAAAGGAAAGCGGACAGCUUGAUCCUGCCUGUGGGAUGCAGCGACGGAGUCCUUUGUAAAUGCUGGAUUCCAUAUGCAGUAAAAAGAAUACCGGCAGUGGGAGAGGGAGGACUGGGUUUUGCUGUGAGGUACAACAAAGCAGAAAGGCUGGCCAGGAGACACAGAUCCAACAGUGGUGGUUUUGGCCACAACAGAAAAAAGGGCGUCCACCCCUGCCGUACCAGGGAGAAGAGGGAGGCCGUCCACUUCUGCCACAUUAAAAGAAGCAGUGAGCUGCAUUUGUGGCGUGGGUGGGCAGGCGAGGGUUGAGCUGUGGUGACAACUUUGGGCUGCGUGCCGAAGUGUGCGAGGGAAGAGGAAAAGGAAGAGGAAGGAAAGGAUUAGAAGUAGGUGGAGGAGGAGGAAGAGGAGGAGAGGAGCAGUGGACCUGGGCCUGGAGCCCAAACACAAGCAGGAUGGCAGAGAAGAAAGUUAGCCUCCCUGCUAAGCUGAUUAAUGGGGGCGUGGCAGGCCUGGUUGGUGUGACAUGUGUAUUUCCUAUUGACCUGGCCAAGACCCGCCUUCAGAACCAGCAGGGCGUCCAGGUCUACAAAGGAAUGCUGGACUGUCUGGCAAAGACGGUACGCUCGGAAGGCUAUUUUGGAUGCUACAGAGGUGCAGCUGUGAACCUCACACUUGUUACACCAGAAAAAGCCAUCAAGCUGGCUGCCAAUGAUGUCUUCAGACAGAAGCUCUCAAAGGAUGGGAAUUUGCCCCUGUGGGGGGAGGUGCUGGCAGGAUGCGGAGCCGGGACCUGUCAGGUGGUAGUCACCACUCCUAUGGAAAUGCUUAAGAUCCAGCUGCAGGACGCAGGAAGGCUUGCCGCACAAAGGCCUGUGCCAACCGCAGCUCAGGCUGCUGCUCCCGGUCCAGCUCCAUCGUUGGUGGCCCCCCCACCACAAGCACAAGCCCGGCGGACCCCUCCACGACGGCCCUCGGCCACUGGCAUCACUGUGGAGCUACUGAAGACUCGUGGCCUGGCUGGCCUCUACAGGGGGGCAGGGGCCACCUUAAUGAGGGAUGUCCCCUUCUCAAUGAUCUACUUUCCACUUUUUGCCAACCUGAAUGCACUGGGCCGGGAGCGAGCAGGUGGCCAGGGUGAUGUGCAGGCUCAGGCCCCAUUCUGGCAAUCCUUUGUGGCGGGCUGCACCGCAGGUUCAGUGGCAGCAGUGGCUGUAACACCACUGGAUGUAAUAAAGACUCGUCUGCAGACCUUGCAGAAAGGUGAGGGGGAGGACACAUACAGAGGAAUUAUUGACUGCACAAGGCGCAUCAUGAGGCGGGAGGGCCCAUCAGCGUUCCUAAAAGGUGCAACAUGUCGUGCUUUAGUCAUUGCUCCUCUUUUUGGCAUUGCGCAGGGUGUCUAUUUUCUUGGGGUAGGGGAGAUGGUGCUGGGUUUGCUGGGAUAGCAGUGCUCGGCAUUGGUGGUGGCAGUUGUGUUACCCCUGUACAGAUAAUUUGCUGCUUCAAUCUGCAGUGAAAGCAUGACACAACUGAGUGAACGGUGAAUACAAAGAGAGGGGAACGGUGGCCACGACCUGCUAACCAAAGGAGGAGGAAUGGUCUGAGAUAUGAAGAGGCUCUAAUUACUAAUAUGUGGACCAAGUGGUUCACACUAAUCAAGUUUCUCUAGGCUUUUUACAUGCUGUCAGCAGGGUUCCAUAGGUUAAACAGGGUCCAGUGUAUAUGUGUGACUAAUUUGAGGAUAUGUAUCCCAAGUCGUCAGGUUUAUCCCAGUGUGCUUGCUGCAAUAUGUCUGGGGCUCUUCCUUUCACCUGGGAGAGAUUAUUCCAUCUGGUUGUUAAGAAAGAGCUGCUGGAUGUUGUUUGAGGCUGCUAACUAAAAUGCCUACCAAUCUGACCAUUUGCAUGGUCCUGAUGAAGAACUGUCCAUCAUCCAAUGUAAAUGACAAAUUCCCCUUUUAAAAUCUUUGUCAAAAGCUAAUAUUGUCUAAUCUGACCUCAGAGUCUGAACUGGGUAUUUGGCUUGACCUCCCAUGCCAGUCAUUUAGAAUUCAAGGUUUGAUGUGUUUUUCUCUGGAAAAAGGAGCUUGAUCGCCUUCGGCCUACCCCGUUAUGCAUUCCUCCUACUCCAUCUGUGAGGUUUGAGUUGUAACCUUGGAUUCCCUCAAUGGAUUGGGAGGUGCUGCUUGCUAGUGUCUCUAAGGUCAUUUGUUAAUCUGAUGGUAAUGCUUUAAUCCCUGUAUUAGCGUACAAUAUACCCUAACAUACAGCUCACUUCCUGCCUAAGGCCACAGGUUAGGCUGCUGGGCCACUGUCUCGUAGCCUUGUCUUCCUCUUCCACAUAGCUUGGAGGGAUUUAAAUAAAACCUGUUAGAGGCCUAGGGCUGUUUUUACUGCUUAAUUACACAAAAAAUGUUGCUUCAAAUGAUGUGCGCACAAUAACUUAAAAAAAAUGCAAUUAAAGCCUUAUCAUUGCUGAUAGUUUCUAAAGCAUCAAAACUGUAAGUCUUAAAGGAAUUCGUGGAAUCGGGGGUGUUGAAAUAUUGUUUUGGUACUAGAGUCCAAUCUGGCGAGGACAAUUAUACUUGUUAAACCCAUAGAGGGAGUAUGGCACCUUGUCUUGCCAACUGAUUGCCAUUACCUAUGUCCACUGGGUGGCACUAAAAGCUUUUUUUUUUUUUUUUUUACAUUUUUAUGCAAGACACAUUUUGAUGUGGCUAGUGUACCUAGGCUACUACAUUUUCCUCAUUGUAGA